CAUGGCGGCGCGAAAGGUUAGAAAAAGAAGUAGCAACGGUCUUGAUAACGCCGCUAAAACUGAAGAAGACCUCUCGGGUAAAGCUAAAGGAAACGGCGAAGAAAGCUUGUACUUUAAAAAAGGUUAUAAGAAUAUUUCAAACGUCACACCAAACAAAAGAGCUAAACUUACAAUCCACAAGAAUCACAUUAUGAAUCAACUUGGUAGGUUGUUUUACAUCAGACCUUGUGAAGAAUUGGCCCAAAAACUCUUAGGGAAAUUGCUUUAUCGCAUCCUUGAUAAUGGAGAAGUGUUAUGCGGAAGAAUAGUUGAGACAGAGGCUUACUUGGGUGUGGUUGAUAAAGCUUGCCAUGCUUAUGGUGGUAAAAAAACUGAACGGUGUGAACCACUGUACAUGGCUCCAGGAACAGCGUAUGUUUAUUUUAUAUAUGGAAUAUAUCAUUGUUUGAACAUCUCCAGUCAAGAGCCUGGUGCUUGUGUGUUAAUCAGAGCUUUGGAGCCGCUCCAAGGAUUAAGUUCUAUGAAAUCAUUCAGAGGGGUACGACGAAAGGAUGGAGGUAGCAAGCUGAAAGACUUUGAACUGGGCAACGGACCUUCCAAGCUCUGUCAAGCAUUUUGUAUUGAGAAGGCUAAUCUCAAUAAAGAAGACAUGGCAUUUUCCGAAAAAUUCUGGCUUGAGGAUGACAAAAAUUCUCAUGGAAGUCAACUUACAAUAGUGAAAUCAACAAGAAUAGGCUUAAAUUCCUGUGGACCUGAGUGGGCUCUGAAACCACUCAGGUUCUACAUAUUAGGAAAUAAGUGUGUAAGUGUUAGGGACAAGAAAGCUGAAUCCAAAAUCCUCCCUUGAAUGUACUAAAGAAAAGUUUUAUUGCAUUUUAUCUUUUCCCAAUUUGCUGUUGAUUGAGGUGCUGGGCUCAGUUUUAAUACCAAACUUUUUCCACAGCUGAACCUAAUGCCUUGAAUUCACUCUUGGAGUGAAAGAGCUCAGCAGUUUCUGGGAUGAAGAAUAUCUGUCGAGAUUGCAUUAUGCACAAAGGAGUGACAUAAAGAGUAAACAUAGACUUAGGUGUAGUAGGUAUACUAGGCUCAUAUGAAAUAACUUAAUGAGUGGAAAAAAAAGAAAAUCAAAAAUUGUUCUGAGCUGACUAGUGUAUGCUAAAUUAUCCCUAAUCUUCUUCUCUAUAUCUAAAAAUAAUUGAUUAAAAAUGGACUCAGAAAGCCAGAUUUAAUUUAUCGGGACUGUAACCAUAUAGUCAUUUAUCAUUGGUCUCCUUCAAAUGAAUACUGUGAUUAUUUUUCAAUAAAAUUUACAAGUCUGCCAUUAUCAAAAACUAUUUGAUGGAGCAUUUAAAAAAAAAUUUUGAAAAAAUCCCCUAUUUUGGAAACUGAGGGUUGAUUGAUGCAGUUUGGAAUUAAGAUAACUAAGAGAAACUAGAAGAGAAAAUACACAUUUUCAGUAUAAAUAAGAUACUCUUGGGCAUGGACUGAAAGGGGUACGCAAUUGAAUUGUAAUAUUGACUUUGCCUUCACUCAUAGCACUCUGGAUUUCAUAAUUAAAGAUAAUAAAACUUUAGGAUUUUCAUUUGAUAAAAUUGUAUGUUGUAUUUCUAUUACGCAUCUCAGAGAAAAUUAAAAAUUUCCUCACUUGCUCCAAUAAAAACUAAAUGUACUAUUAAUUUUAAAAUAGUU